AUAGACUAAAUGGAUUGUCUUUAAUAAAAACUUUCCAAAAAAUAAAGUUUUCCAAAAAAUAAUCUUAUGAUUCUUCUCUUUCGACAUCAUCAUGGCAGAACAUGAAUCAUAUAAGAUCCUUAGAAUGUGACAAAUUUUUGUUUCAUAAUUUCUGUGUGAAGUCCAAGGUUGUCCUUUUCUUCCACGGCAUCGCAUGGCCGGCGAUCUUUCACUUUCAAUUACGUCUGCUUUCAGUCACUUCUUGCGAUUUCCACCGGCAUUUAUAGGAUUUGCUCGAACAGCAGAUCCCUCACACUCUGAAAACAAUCUGUUGUGACCAAGUAAACUUUAGGCAAGCAGAGAUGGAGAAGAUAGAGCACACUACAGUGUCCACAAAUGGCAUCAAAAUGCAUGUAGCUUCAAUCGGCACGGGCCCAGUGAUUCUCUUCAUCCAUGGCUUCCCUGAGCUCUGGUACUCGUGGCGCCACCAGCUCCUCUCUCUCUCCUCCCGCGGCUACCGCUGCAUCGCUCCCGACCUCCGCGGCUAUGGCGACACAGAUGCUCCUCCAUCACCGAACUCCUAUUCUGUCCACCACUUAGUGGGCGACCUCGUCGGCCUCCUCGACGCUCUGGCGAUUGAACAGGUUUUCCUGGUAGGCCACGAUUGGGGGGCGUAUGUGGCGUGGUGGUUUUGUCUUCUUAGGCCUGAUAGGGUUAAGGCUUUGGUCAAUUUGAGCGUGCCGUUCAUGCCGCGGAAUCCAAAAAUUAAGCCUAUCGAUGGUUUCAGGGCCGUGCUUGGGAAUGAUUUCUACGGCUGCAGGUUUCAGGAACCCGGAGAGAUUGAAGAAGAGUUUGCUCAAUUUGACACUGCAACAGUGCUGAGGAAGUUUUUUGCAUUGCGCGAGCCACACCCGCUUUUUCUACCUAAACAAGCAGGAUUAAAAGGUUUGCCUUACGAUUCAAGCUUGACGCCUUGGCUCUCGAAGGAAGAUAUCGAUUACUUUGCCAGCAAAUAUAGCCAGAAAGGGUUCACUGGAGGACUGAACUAUUACCGAGUGAUCAACAUAAGCUGGGAGCUCACUGGACCUUGGACGGGGGCACAAGUCAAAAUACCGACGAAGUUUGUUAUUGGCAAUCUGGACCUUGUCUAUUAUAUGCCAGGCAUAAAGGAUUACAUUCACGGCGGUGGCUUCAAGAAGGAAGUGCCGUAUUUGGAAGAUGUGGUAGUUAUGGAAGGAGUAGCCCACUUCAUCCAGCAAGAAAAGCCUGAGGAAAUCAACGACCACAUUUACGACUUUAUAAAAACAUUUUGAUGAUGUUGUCAUGCUUUAUAUUGCUCGGUUGUAUGAAAUAUGUUUGGCUAAAUCCAGUUUCUGUGUGCCAUGUAUUUUUCUGAGACAUUAGUCAGUCACUAGAAAAAUAAAUUCAGAAACUGCUGGUGGAUGCAUUGUGUGGUAUUUGACCAGGAAAUGUGGAUGCAUUGUGUGGUAUCUGACCAGGAAAUCUAUAACAUUUUAGGUAACUUAUAUUUCA